AAAUUAUUUUUUAUAAUAAAAAUAGUUUAUUUGGUUUUGCGCCCGCGCCCUUUUCAUCAUAUGGAGAAGAGAAACUAUCGCCGGCCAGAAAACUACGUCAAAAUGGAGCUGAUUCCGUUCAUCCAGAGUAAGGACCCGCCGGAGAAGCAAUGGCAAGAGUAUGUGACGUUUGAGAGUCAGACGCAAAAAGAAACAAGAGAAAGGGUGAGCCAUGGAUAACUUACAUUUUGCCAUGACUGUGGGUAUACAUUCAAAGAUGCAAAUGGCUCUUCCAGAUGAGUUUGUAGAACUGUAUGGAGAUACUCUGGACCGUAGUGCAUAUAUUGCUCUUCCCUGUGGCCAUACAUGGAAGAUUGUUAUGGUUACAGAGGAUAACAGUGUAUACUUAUAUGAAGAUUGGCCAAAAUUUAUGGAGCAUUAUCAGAUAAUUGUUGGACAGUUACUAAUAUUUAAUUAUAGAGGGAGUUCAAACUUUGAUGUUAUCAUAAUGAAUAAAAAUUUGUUGGAAAUUGAUUACACUCCUUUUCCUUUCCAUUCUGAUGGGAAGAAGAAUGACACAGCACCCGUGAUUGAUUUAGCGUCAAGUGAGGAGUCUGACUCGGAUUAUAAAGGCAAGUCCAAAAUCAAUGAAGAAACUAUGAACGACACACUGACGAAUAUGAAGCCGAAGAUGAGGAGGCAUACCAAAGCUAAACAACCUUAUUCAAAAAAUCCUGUCUUUAAAAGAAUUAUAGGAAUUGAAGGGAAUCGUCGUUAUUAUAUGCGUCUACCAGAUAGUUUCGCUGAGAAUCAUCUUGGAUCAAAGACUCAGACCAUAUAUCUUACAGUGGGGACUAAAAAAUGGGGUGUGAAGGUUCUAAAAUGCGGGUCUGGCUUCUUUUUUUCCAAAGGAUGGUCUGCCUUUCUGGCUGCUAACUCUAUACGCACAGGGGAUGCUUGCGUUUUUGAGUUCCUAUCAAGGGAGCCAGCUGUGCUCAAAGUCUCCAUUAUUGAAAGCUGAUAAAAUAGAUAGUGUUUAGACAGCUAUACUUUAUAGGCUUUGUUAGCUAAUUCAGUUUCCUAAAUAGUUUAGUGAGCUGACAAAUAAACAAAUUCUGCUUUCUUCGUUUUUUGUUCCAUGUAACAUUUCCAAGUCUAUAAAUACAAUUAUUUUUGUAGUGAUGCUUCAACCACUUGUCCAACUCAGCUGACAUGUCAUUAAUUAGUUAGUUAAUUACCUGAAAUGUAUGUAAUUAGCUUUCUUUUGAUUCUAUCUGAGUCUAUAAAUAAGAGUCAUAGCUUCAUUAUUUGGUACUGAAUUUCUAAGUCAUCACAGAGAGUUUUGGAGGGUUGUAAAAGAGAGCAUUGUGUAUUUGAUCAAUGCCUCUCAGUGUGAGCUGAUUUGUAAUUGUGUAAAGCUAGGCUCUUGUGACUCUAUUUGUAUCAUUCUUUGGAGAUUUAAUAAAGGAAUCAUUAGCCAUUGCCUUUGGCUAUUUUCUCCAUCAGAUUAGUUCUUAUCCUUUCAUUUUGUUCAUUUUGUUUUCUGUUUAAUAUUUUGAUUCUCAUUGUCUUGUUGCAUAUAUUGGAUUCUGUUCUUGAACUGGUGUAGGAGAUUACACCACAAUUUUCCUCUUAGUCUUGUAACUUUUGCAAGACUUAGAGCAAUCUUCUUUUCAAUUUUGCUCUUCAUAGAUCUUGUAUAGAUAAGUUCACCAAACAUCUGUUAAAUGGUUUUGGUCCUGAGUUUGACUAUGUUGUUGUUCAUGUUACGAGCCUUGUUGGUGGUUUGUCUUUUGAUCAAAACCAAUCUCUUGUUGUCUCAUGAAACAUGACUUGAGAGACAUCUUUCUGUUAAUGAUAUUUCUGCCAAGAUUUCGGCCAAUGUGUCUCUUGGUUCUCAAAGAUUUGCUCAUUCAUCAACACAACCUCGUCCGUAUUCUAAUUUUAGCAGAGGCAACAACAACUACCCUCAAUAUGGUGGAUGACUUUCUGGUAGAGGUUCCCCAGCUCCUAUGUGGUUGCUCUGCCAAGUUUGUCACAAGAUCGGCCAUUCUGCUGCAAUCUGUCAUUACAGAUUUGAUAAAAACACCUAAAGUUGGUGAUUCUCAACCCAAAGUCUAUGUCACAGAGUUUGGUGAAGAUGGUCCACAAGCCUAUACGACCACUACUGUUCUUGACUUUGGUGAUGACACUGAGUGGUAUGCCGACUCUGGGGCCACAAAUCACAUAGCUCUUGGUAUGGAGAACCUUGACUUUGCAGCACCCUAUGAAGGACAUGAAUCUUGAUAGACCUCCAAUUAGGCACACCUAUAUUAGGCGCAUGAAUCGGGGGGCUAAGUAUGGUAAUAGCUAAGUUUGGUAAUUUACAAGGAUAUGGAAUCAAUUUGCUAUCUUUUUGAUUUGGAAUGUAUAAAUUUGCUAUCUGUUUAUUUAGGAAUGUUUUUGUAAUUAAAUAACAAGAGAGUGUAGGGGGAGGCAUGCCUUUUUCUUGAUCUGUAUUGAGCCUUGGCUCUUGGAGAGAAACUGGGACUCUCGAAUUUCCCAGACUAUCAAUAAAACACACUCUCUAUUC